AUGGGAUCCAAGACACCAGAUGGCCAUCGCCGAGGGCCCAAUGAGUCAUCGGCAAGCGCCACCGUUUCUUCUGGCAAUCCUCCCAAGCCAGCUGCAGCAAGUGGGCUCCUUCAAGGUGCACUCGAAGGGCAGGACGAAGACGGGGACGACGACGAUGAUGAUGAUGAAAAGCUUGGAACUGACCUGAAGUCCAGUGAGGAGCCCAUCAAUGGAGGCAACAAGAAGAAGAAAAGAAAGAGCAACAAGAAGAAGAAAAAGAGGGCACCAGGUGGACAGCAGACGGCCCCUCCGAGGGUUGCGCUCACCGACCUCUUUCUCGACCAGCUUUAUCCGGAAGGCGAGAUAGUCGAAUAUGUCACCAAUAAUGACAAUCUUCAGCGCACUACAGCUGAAGAGAUUCGCCACCUGUCCGUCUUGGACAACAUGGACCAUGAAUACUUGAAAGACUACCGCAAAGCUGCAGAAAUCCACCGCCAGGUCCGCCAAUAUGCACAGACGAUCGCCAAGCCCGGCAUUUCUAUGAGCCAUAUUGCCCAAGAGAUUGAAGAUGGUGUCCGAGCAUUAACUGGGCACCAGGGUCUUGAGCGCGGAGACGCUCUCAAAGCCGGCAUGGGCUUUCCGACCGGACUCUGCUUGAACAAUAUAGCUGCUCACUGGACUCCUAACCCUGGAGGCAAGGAGGUUAUUCUCCAGUACGAUGACGUGCUGAAAGUGGAUUUUGGAGUCCAUGUCAACGGCAGGAUUGUCGACAGCGCGUUCACUGUGGCUUCCAAUCCCGUCUACGAUAAUCUCCUCGCAGCCGCCAAGGCAGCUACUAAUACAGGGCUUGCGGAAGCUGGCAUCGACGCUAGAAUGGACCACAUCAGCGGGGCAAUCCAAGAAGUCAUGGAGAGCUUCGAAGUCGAGCUCAACGGCAAGACUUACCCCGUCAAAUCAGUGCGGAGCAUCACCGGCCAUAACAUCUUGCGCUACCACAUUCACGGCGAUAAACAAGUGCCUUUCAUCAAAACCAAGACCAAUCAGCGCAUGGAAGAAGGCGACGUCUUCGCAAUCGAGACGUUCGGUACCACGGGGCAAGGGUAUCUCCAUGAUGAUGCAGGCGUAUACGGCUACGGACGCAAUGAGCAUGCACGCGCUACUGGGCUUCAUUCCGCGUCGGCCAAGUCACUGCUGAAGACGAUUGACGAGAACUUUGGCACUCUUGUCUUCUCCCGGCGCUACCUCGAACGCAUCGGGGCGAAGAAUUACCAUCUCGGCAUGAGAUCGCUCGUGUCGAAUGGCAUCGUCGAGUCUUAUGCGCCGCUCGUUGAUACUCCUGGCUCCUAUGUCGCGCAGUUUGAACACACUGUCCUGCUCCGACCCAAUUGCAAGGAGAUCAUCUCUCGAGGAGGCGAUUACUAA